CAGCACUCUACAUCGUCACCGUUUGUUUUUGCCCUUGCGCAACCAACCCCCCCUCAAGGCCGCCAUCGUCAAUUUCAACAAAGCCUACCCUGCCGCCUGGAAAGCAACGCUCUUGGGGCGUAUCUCAUGACGCACCAGAUCAUGACCACCAUCCUGCUCUACGCCUCCCCGCUGCAGACUGUUCAUUCCAACCGCAAUUUUUAGGCAGCGCCCGCCAGAUCGUCAACACCGGUCGACCGUUAAGGCGCCGCAGGUGCACCGAAAUAGGCGUCGUCGAUGCGACCAUUCGAACCGCAGGCGAGGGCUCUUGCCGGCCCUGCAAUCAAAAGCUCCACGCCGGUCAAAUCAAUACUGAAACCAACCUCAGUCUUGGGUAGGAGAAAGGAGUUGCACGAUGCUUCUGUCGACUUGCCGGAGCCGUUAGACAGUCCCACCAAGCGUCGCAAAGUGUUUUUCGACGAAAUAAAGAACGUUACAUACGAAGUUGGCCGGAGGACGAUGAACGACGUCAAAUUGGAAGUGCGGUCGGCACUUGAGGAACACCUGCGAGGCAACGAUGGCCAGUACGACAUGCUCAAAGAACUCUUCGCAAACGACAAGCAAAGAUACUUGCCACCAGUCGUUGGCGAGGAGGACGACACCUUGAAGCCUCACGAGCUGCAAGUGUAUGUCAUGGCGCUGACCAGCUGCGUUCCCAUACUGAAGGGCAAGGAAUGCAACGGCCUGGUCAAGACCAUCCUACAUUGUUCGUGGCUGGGUCGCGAUGCUGCCUUCACCCAAGUUUUCACCCAUUUUUUGGCUGCGUUGGUUAGCGCCCAAGGCUCCUAUCUUGUGCCCGUCCUGUCGACCAUGGUUGAGAAGUUCCGUGACACCAGCCCGUCGUCCUGGUCCGUCCCCGACUUCCCCGACGUUAGCCGGGAGACGAUGCGCGAACGCCUGCAUUCGAGUAUCCGAUACCUGCUGCAGAUGUUCCCGUCAGCAGUGGCAGUAUUGGAGAACCUACUGGGCGCCAAGUUUCCAUUUCCUGACGAGUCGGUGCGGAUACACAUGGCAUAUAUCCACAAUUUGCUCCACGUCAAGGACUACGUGCCGGACCUACGGGACGAAAUACUUGACCUCAUUCUCAAUAGAGUUGUCAAGAUCGAUUCGCAGAUGCAGGUAGACCUGGAGGACCUCGACGACGAUGUCACCGCCGCCGUUAUGUACGCGCUGCGGGAAAACCAACAACGAUUGUCCGGCUUGGAAGAUGAUUAUUCCGAUGAGAGCGACAAUGAAUCGGUGGACAGUGACGACCUGGACUACGAUCAAGAGGCGGCCAGAAUCAAGACUGUCAAGGAAAGUGUCGAGAAGAUGGAUGCAGUGCUGGACACCCUCUUCAGCUUCUACACUCCGCAUUUCCUGAACCCAGGAUCCGACAAGGCGUUCGAUAUGUUCACCAUCAUCCUCCGCGAGUUCGAUCACAUUGUCUUACCGACUUACAAGUCGAGACACACGCAAUUCCUCAUCUUCCACUUUGCGCAACAGCACGAGCGACUUACGGACGCGUUCUGUGGCCAGCUGAUUGCGACAGCCUUCCAAGGAAACACCCCCAACGUGCUGAAGCAAGCUGCUGCGGCCUAUUUGGCGAGUUUCGUUGCCAGAGGCGCACAUGUACCUGGGAGCCUGGUGCGGACUAUGUUCAUGCUUCUUAUCCACCACCUUGAGCAGUAUCGGAAAAAGUACGAGCCUCUCUGUCGUGGCCCGGACUUGAAGCGGUUCCACCCUUACUACUCUCUUGUGCAAGCAACACUCUACAUCUUUUGCUUUCGCUGGCAAGACCUGGUGGUAUCCGCACCGGAGGUGGUCGACCCUGAGGACCCGGCGUCGUACAUUGGGCAAGACCUAGAGUGGGUGGGAUCCUCGCGGAAGGAUCUCUCCAUCCAAAUCUUCGGCAAGCUGAACCCGCUGAAGGUGUGCGCCCCGGUCAUUGUGGAGGAGUUCGCCAAGCUUGCGCACCGGCUUAACUUCAUGUACAUCUACCCCUUGGUGGAGAGCAACAAGCGCGUCCGACUUACGCAAUACCUUUCGGCUACGUACGCCACGGGCGGUGCGUUGCGGGACUCGGGUUAUGAAGCGCAGGGCGAAAGCUUCCAUCAGCUGGACCCAUACUUCCCAUUCGACCCAUACCAAUUGCCUAUCAGCAAGCGAUGGCUUGCUGACGACUACGUGCACUGGAAGUCUGUGCCUGGGUUGAACGCAGACGACGAUGACGAUGACAGCGACGAGAUGGAUGACGACGAAGAUGGCGACAUUGAAGAGGGCACGGCGACGGACAGUGAAGUCGAUGAUUUCGAGUGAAGCGUAUCAAGAGGGUGUGUCAGUGUGUGCGGUGUUGUACGAGCCUUUCACGCGGCGACGUUGAGCCAGGGCUGGAGGACUAUCUACUACCAGUUGGUAUACGGGCGUGCAUAUAGCGAGGAGUUGGACAUGGGAGCCGCUCACAAACGGCGGCUGAUUUGUUGUACGUAUGCACAUACUAGCUAGCGGGCCACGUUUAGCCGUGCUUUCAAUCUUGCAUUUUCCA